GGCUGCACAGUGGGCGUUGUGUCUGUUGUAUCAUAUCAGGGCCAGAGGCAGUUAUGAGGAGUAAGGGUGGUGCUUGCAGCCCUUGCACAAUCGGAUGCAGCUGUCGUAAUCGAAUUGCAGGAUCCGACCUGCUGGAUCAGGAGCUCAUCCCAUCUCUCUCUCCUCUUUAGUAAUACUCUGCUGGAUGACGGACUUAGGUGGAUUACAGUGAGAAGGAAGCGCAAACGAGGUGUCAUUGCUGCUCUUAGAGGAGGCCUCGUAUUAUAACAUUUAAGUUGGGAGCAUUGUUUACGGAAAUACAUCCCUUUAGAAGGACGGUGUUUUCCUUUAUUCUGACGUCCAUGCUAUUAUUAUUAUUAUUCUGAUCUCUCACCUUUCCCAGAUGGGCAUGCACUCCGUUUAUUGGAUACAGGUGAUCCGUGUGCAAAGCUGUGGUUAAAAAGGAAAAGGGGCUCUUCUUUCACAGCUGCUUGGCCACCUGGCAUUUUUCCCUUCGUAAUCUGCCUCAGGGGGAUUCAUUGAUGCACCCAUUUCAGUGGUGUAACGGAUGCUUCUGUGGCCUUGGUCUGAUUUACUUCAAUAAAUCCUGCAGCAUGCCUCCGAUCACCUUCAGUGACCUACCGUUAAACAUUUACAUUGUCAUUUUUGGGACAGGAAUUUUCGUCUUUGUCCUUAGUCUCAUCUUCUGCUGCUACUUCAUUAGUAAACUUCGUCAUCAAGCGCAGAGUGAAAGGUUUGGCUACAAAGAGGUGGUGUUAAAAGGAGAUGCCAAAAAGCUCAACCUACAUGGACAGACGUGUGCAGUGUGCCUUGAAGAUUUUAAAGUCAAAGAUGAACUAGGAGUGUUACCAUGCCAACAUGCCUUCCACAGGAAGUGUUUGGUGAAGUGGUUGGAAGUUCGUUGUGUUUGUCCCAUGUGCAAUAAGCAAAUUGCAGGAGCCACAGAACAACAGCAUCAGGGAAUCGGAACACUUCUAGAUGAACUUGUGUGACUGCGGUGUCAGAAACACAUGGAAAAAUUCUGUCAGAUUGUUUAGACUGCCAUUUUUGAAGCAAAAUGUUUUAUAAAUUCUGCAGAAGUUCUUAGGUUGCCAUGGAACAGGCAAACCCAUGCACAGGAAAAUGUUUCCUUUCUGCCACGGUUGGCCUCUGAGAGGCAAAAAAAAUGAAGAAAAACUACCUUUUAUGCCCUUUCAGUGCUGGAAUCAUUACUAAACAGAUACAUUUGUAUCUAAAUUGUGAUGUCACUUUUGUUGUUUAAUAUUUUAAAAGCACUUUCAGUGUGCAGAACCCUCCUGCUUAAGAAUUCUGUAUUUUAAGAACUGGGUAGCUGCCUUCAACUUCUGUUUUACUGCUGCUGGGUUGUUAUGCUAUCAGACACCUAUAACGGUAGCUGGAGUUUUUCGCUAAGCAGCAAUGUUUAGAAAUUACUCCUUGAUUUUUGUAGAGGAAGCAUAGGUUUGCAGGACGAAGUAUUUUGAUGGGCUUGCAUGUUACAUGAUAACAAAACAUUGUGGAUGAAGGAUACUGAAAAUUUAGUUAAAUGUAUUUGUACAUUUUUCUUUUUUUACUUUUGAUAGCAAUGAAGACUAUGCUGUCAGUGUGCAAUAGUUUUUAUAUAGGACUUUCGUAAUUGUAUGUACCUGAAGCUUGUAAGACACACAUAAAUUUAAGAAAAGGAAUAUUUAAUUACAUGUUUUUAAAGAAAACAGACCAGGGUAGAAAUAGCAUAGAGGGAUUGUACAUAUUUGUAUGACUUAAAUUAAGCCAGAAAGGGCUACUAAUAACUAUUUCUGACAAACAGCCUUAUUUUGGAUGUUUUAUAGUUAUUUUAACAAUUGCUACUUGUGGCAUAGCUUACUUAGGUGUGACUUUAUCUGUCCCUAAAAAGAUGUGUUGAUGUAUGGCCUUAUCCAGAUGUUGCAGUAAAGAGCUGUAGAUGGCUUGACUUUGAUUUCUGUUCAUUUAUGUGCUUAAUAAGGAAGACGCUGGCUUAGGGAAAUGACAUGGUGUUAUUUCUGAGUUGUUCCUGAAUUCAGACAUUGUGCCUCAUGGCCCCUUCAUGUUUACUAAAACAAUGACAGUAAAAAUAUAUACUACCCACAAAAAAAUAAACAAUGCUUUUCCAAUA